AUGGCCUCCCCUGGACCCAAUGUAGGUCCGUCAUUGCCUGUAAUUGAAUUACAGAUCGUCUUCGAGAUGCGUCGUGGACGACCGACGACGACUGCUGGGGAGGAAGACAAGGACGUAGAACUACGCUUGAACACAUUCUUCAACAGCGACGAUGACAGCAAAGACGACUUGGUCUAUGUCCUGGUCAACCCAACCAUGAUGCAACAAAAGCCGAUCUCGGGCCAUGUGAUCGGCAUAACGUGCGUUAGCCAGGACAUCACUUACCAAAAACUCAUGUUCGACAAAUUUGUGCACGUACAGUCGACCAGUCGGUCACGAAAAUCAUCUUGGGGAGACAACUUGAGACAUGGGUAA